AUGGCCGCCGAUGUAGGAUCGAUGUUUCAAUAUUGGAAGAAAUUUGAUCUACGGCGGCUUCAGAGGGAGCUAAACUCUGUGGCGUCUGAGCUGGCCGGUCGACAAGAGGAGAGCGAACAUUCCCACAAGCACCUGGUAGAGCUGAGCAGGGAGUUCAAGAGAAAUGUCCCUGAGGAAGUCCGGGAGAUGGUGGCACCUGUUCUCAAGAGUUUCCAGGCCCAGGUGGUUGCUCUGAACAAGCGCAGUAAGGAGGCCGAGUCUGCAUUCCUGGGAAUCUACAAACAGCUUAUCGAGGCCCCAGAUCCGGCUCCUGUGCUGGAGGCCUCGCACACCCUGGAGGGAAGGCUGCAGCAGCUUCAGAGCUCGGCCCCAGACAGCGAGGCCCUGGUACGAGAGAUCAGCGGGCACUGGAAGAAACACCUGGAGUACCUUGAAAAGACAGAGCACUCAGAGGACGGUCCAGCAGUCUCAGGGGCAGCAGCGACAGAGGAGACCCCAAAAUCCAGCUCCCCAGCCUCCCUGAUGACCCCCAACAGCACGCCGGCUCCCAGGGCCCCAGGCUCCCCACAGCAGAACUACCAGGACGGAGCUGAGGGCCGAGGGGAGGAGGAGGAGAGCGCCGAUGUUAGUUUGGCUGGCAGACUCUCAGAGGCCGAAGAGAAGAUCAAGGUUCUGCAUUCAUCUUUGAACACUGCACAGACUGAGCUGUUGGACCUGCGGUGUAAAUACAACCAGGAGAUGACCCACAAGGCAGAGGAGGUUGACGCCGUCAUGGCAAAUCUUGAAAAGGCAAACCAGAGAGCUGAAACGGCCCAGAGGGAAGUGGAGAGGCUAAAGGAGCAGUUAGCCAGUGGCCAGAGUGCUACCACGGGGAGCUGCCAUCCAGCAGAGGGCACUAGCAGGGAGAAGAAUGAGAAGGGCGAGGCGCUGCCCUCCCAGCUGGAGGCCGCCUUGCUGGCUAAAGACCGCGAAAUCCUCCGUCUUCUUGAAAAUAUCCAGCGGCUGCAGUUCACGCUGCAGGAAGUUCAAGAGACCUCGGCCAAUCAGAUUUUAGAGCUGGAACGCCAGCUGGCCUAUAAGACAGAAGCUAUCGAGAGAUUAGAAGCUAAACUGCAAUCCCAGAUGGACUACGAAGAAAUUAAAACUGAACUCAGUAUCCUAAAGGUCAUGAAGCUGGCUUCAGCAAAUGGCAGCUCGUCCCAGGAUUCUGCCAAGGCUGCAGAGGCUCUUUUGCUGGAUAAAGAGGCCUUUCUUCCAUCUCACAAAUACCUGGUGGAUAAGGCCCGAAUUUUGCACAGCAUUGAUGAUGACCAGUCUGAGGACACAGGCAGGGAGACAGGCAGGCCGCCCGCCUCCCACUCGUCCUCCUCUCAGGCAGAUGGCCGCGCCUCCCCCAGCCCCGGCCCCCCCACCCUGGACGGCUCCUCCUCCAGCCACGAUCUACCACGUCCCUUCUCCGUGUCGCCGUGCUCCGGGGACAGGCUGUCGGGAGACCACAUCCUUCACAAGCAGCUGCUCUCCCCUCACUUUAAAAAGGAGGGCCUCAUGGCUUUUCCCACCGCCCUCUAUGCAGCCAAAGUCGCCCUCAUGUCCGCCACCCAGGGGUCUGCGGGGGCGGGCAGCGUCGACGCCGGCUUGCCCAGUGACCAGUCAGAAAGCGGCAGCUCGACCGCAGGGGACGACGACCAACUGGACACAGCAGAGAUCGCCUUCCAGGUGAAGGAGCAGCUCCUGAAGCAUAACAUUGGUCAGCGCGUGUUCGGUCACUAUGUGCUGGGCCUCUCUCAGGGCUCGGUCAGUGAGAUCCUGGCGAGACCCAAACCCUGGAGAAAGCUGACUGUGAAAGGCAAAGAACCGUUCAUUAAGAUGAAGCAGUUCCUCUCUGAUGAACAGAACAUCCUGGCACUUAGGACCAUCCAGGUCCGCCAGAGAGGGAGCAUCACUCCGCGCAUCCGAACUCCUGAAACUGGGUCAGACGACGCCAUUAGGAAUAUCCUGGAGCAGGCCAAGAAGGAGAUCCAGUCCCAGAGGGGAGGUGAUGGCAAGUCGUCCCUUAGCAGCUUAUCAGGCAGAAGCAGUAACGGUCCAGGCAGCAGCUCGGAUGAAACCAUAAAGAACAUCCUAGAACAGGCCAGGAGGGAGAUGGAGGCCCAGCAGCAGGCCCUGAUGGAGAUGGAGGCCUGCGGGAGGGGCCCGACUGCCAGCUCAGGAGCUCAGAUCGAGCGUCCAGGGCCCCCCGAGCGAUCCAGGGGUCUGCCUUUACCCGUCUCCAUCAAACAGGAGGAAGGAGGCUGCGUUACAGUCUGCAUGGCCAACCCCAUCAGCAGCCCCCAGACACCGCUCAGCGUCCUCUCCCCGGCCGCCUUCGUCCAGAACAUCAUCCGCAAAGUCAAAUCAGAGAUCGGCGAAGCGGGCACCUACUUCGACCAGCACUGGUCUCAGGAGCGGAGUGCAAUGGUGCUCGGUGGAGGAGGUAGCUCUCUGCCCUUCAAUUCAGUCUCUCCCUCGUUGUCUUCCUCCUCCUCUGGGCCCUCCGCCCUGCCCCGGCCCUGGCCUCGUCUGGAGAACGGCGAGUGUCUCCCCAACAGCGAGGAGGCGUCUGCCGCCGAGGACGAGCUGGGGCUGGGCCGGCCAGUGGAGGUGAAAGUGGAGUCAGACACAUCGGUAAGCGGAGAGUCUCCUGGCCCUGGCCCAGGAAGGCUUUCCUACUACCCAGCGUACAUCCCCCGUGCCCUCAAGCCCACCGUGCCGCCGCUGACUCCAGAGCAGUACGAGAUGUACAUGUACCGGGAGGUGGACACCAUCGAGCUGACGAGGCAGGUCAAGGAGAAGCUGGCAAAGAAUGGCAUCUGUCAGAGGAUCUUUGGUGAAAAGGUGCUGGGGCUUUCUCAGGGCAGCGUGAGCGACAUGCUGUCUCGGCCCAAACCCUGGAGCAAGCUAACCCAGAAAGGCAGGGAGCCCUUCAUCCGUAUGCAGCUGUGGUUACUGGACCAGCUAGGCCAGAGCCUCAGCCAGCCCCCGAACCAGGGCCAUGCUCAGGAAAAAAGCCCAGUGACGGCCCAGUCUUCACCCUCCCCACCUCCCAGCCCUGCGGAGAGCCACCCGAGUCCACUGGUUGAGCCUGUCAGCCUCUCACUGGAGAGCAGCAAGGAGAACCAGCAGCCCGAGAGCCUGGGGCUGGGGUUGACCCCCCACCCAGAGGGAGGGAAAUCUACUCCCAGCCUCAUGGCCCUGCAUCAGCCCACAAACCCACUGGGUAUCCAGGAGCUGGUGGCCAUGUCUCCAGAGCUAGACACCUACACCAUCACCAAGAAGGUCAAGGAGGUGCUAACGGACAACAACCUAGGCCAGCGUCUUUUCGGGGAGACCAUCCUGGGUCUGACUCAAGGCUCAGUGUCUGACCUGCUCUCCAGGCCCAAACCGUGGCACAAACUCAGCCUGAAAGGCAGGGAGCCGUUUGUCCGCAUGCAGCUGUGGCUCAAUGAUCCUCACAAUGUAGACAAGCUGAGGGCCAUGAAGAAGAUGGAGAAGAAAGCCUAUCUGAAAAGGCGGUACGGGCUGCUGAGCACCGGCUCGGACAGCGACUCACCCAGCACCCGUUCGGAGUGUGUGAGUCCGACCUUGGCCUCGCUGGACCUAUGCCCCUACAGCCAGGUGAAAAAGCCUCGGGUGGUGCUGGGAGCUGAGGAGAAAGAAGCCCUGAGGAAGGCCUACCUCCUGGAGCCCUACCCCUCGCAGAACACUAUCGAGAUACUGGCCUCACAGCUCAAACUCAAAACUAACACCGUCAUCAACUGGUUCCACAACUACAGGUCCAGGAUGCGACGGGAGGUACUGAUGGAGGGUCUGCCAGAUAAUGACACAGAUGCUGAGCACCACAGCUACUCCCCCUCAGUGACACGGAGCCCCCACUCUGAUGGAGAGGAGAGGAGGCUGCAGCAGCCCUCAGGACACAUCCACUCCAGCCUCCCUCUUAGCACCAACACAGCACUGCCUCAUGUCAAACAAGAGGCAAUAGACAGGGAAGACGAGGGGGAGGAGGGAAGGGAGGGCUCCAUGAAACAGUCGAGAGCUCAGUGUUUUUCCACAGCAGUGCAGUUACCGCUGCUGAAAAGCGAACAUGAGGACUCCAUCGCCGGCUGCCGCGAGCCCCACUCGGCUGGCCAGAGCCUGAGGCAGGAAGAGGGCAUGAGCAGCCAGGUACAAGGGCUCUACCAUGUUGCAGUCUCCAUAGACGGCCCCCAGAGAACCAACCAGUCCAGGCACGAGGGGGAAGACUCCGGAAAGUCACCCGUUGACCCAGUCAGCUUCAAGGCUUCUUCAGAGCCCUGCCGCAGCAGCCUGGAGGUCUCCCUCAACUCCCCCUCUGCUGCAUCCUCGCCCGGCCUCAUGAUGUCAGUCUCCCCCGUCCCUUCCUCCUCUGCACCCAUAUCGCCCUCGCUGCCAAACCCGCCCUCGACAAGCACCAAUCACAGCCUGGACCCUAACCCGCUGCCUCCCUUCCAAAGCCCCAAACUCAACAGAAGCACUCAGAGACGCAAUGAGAAAAUGGCCAACCUCAAUAACAUCAUCCACAGGCUAGAGAGAGCAGCCAAUCGAGAAGAAACACUGGAAUGGGAGUUUUAA